AAUCCAUUCAUUCCUUACAUCUCUACAUUAAUAUAUAUUCCUUUAUAAUUAAUAAAAUGGCUUUAUUAUUCUCUUAUUCAAAAAACCUAACCAAUUAUUACUCCAUUAUUCUACUUUUGAUUUUUACUGUUGGAGUUUGGGCGGGAGAAGCUCCAGCUGGGAAUUUCUACAAAGAAGUGGAUGUCACUUGGGGUGAUGGGCGAGGAAAAAUCAUUGAGAAUGGCAAUCUCAUUACAUUGUCACUUGAUAAAGCUUCUGGAUCAGGGUUUCAAUCAAAGAAACAAUAUUUACAUGGUAGAUUUGAUAUGAAAAUUAAACUCGUUCCUGGUAACUCAGCUGGCACUGUCACAGCCUAUUAUUUGCGUUCUGAAGGGAGUUCAUGGGAUGAGAUAGACUUUGAGUUCCUUGGGAAUGUGAGUGGGCAACCAUAUGUUGUACAUACAAAUAUUUAUGUAGGAGGACAAGGGAAUAGAGAGCAACAAUUCUACCUUUGGUUUGAUCCAACUGCUGAUUUUCACACUUACUCCUUCCUUUGGAAUCCUGCUCGCAUUGUGUUUUACGUGGAUGGGAGGCCAAUAAGGGAGUUCAAGAACAUGGAAGCCAAUGGCGCACCAUAUCCAAAGAAGCAACCAAUGAGGCUAUACGCCAGUUUAUGGAAUGGUGAGGAUUGGGCCACAAGAGGAGGCCUUAUUAAAACCGACUGGACCAAAGCCCCGUUCACAGCAUCCUUCAGGGCCUACAAACCCAAUGGCUGCGUCUGGACCAACGCUGCGUCGUGGUGCUGUCAAAACUCAGCGCCAUGGCUGUCGGAGGCGCUUGAUUCCGGCAACCAGAAAAUGCUACGAUGGGUUCAAAAGAAUUAUAUGAUUUAUAAUUACUGCACCGAUAAAAAGAGAUUUCCUCAAGGCCUUCCUAAGGAGUGCAUUGUUCCCACCACCAAGCCUAAUUAAAUUAGAUUAUGAAUUAUCCUACACACCUUCAUUCUUUU